CUCUCUGGAAGAGGAAUAAGACGCUGCUCUGUCUACGCUCCUGCCUCUCAGACACCGAAGCCAGAGAGGACACCAGCAGCAAAAGGUGACCAGGAGGUGAGACGGAGCCACUGACAGGACUCAAGAAAAACCACUCUCUUUCCUCUUCUUUCCUCGAAAGCCUCCAGGAUGUCUGAGCUGGAGAAGGCCAUGGUGGCCCUCAUCGACAUCUUCCAUCAGUAUUCCGGGCGCGAGGGUGACAAGCACAAGCUGAAGAAAUCGGAACUCAAGGAGCUCAUCAACAAUGAGCUCGCCCACUUCCUGGAGGAAAUCAAAGAACAGGAAGUCGUGGACAAAGUCAUGGAAACACUGGAUGAAGAUGGAGAUGGAGAGUGUGACUUCCAGGAAUUUAUGGCCUUCGUCUCCAUGGUGACUACAGCCUGCCACGAGUUCUUUGAACACGAGUGAGACAGAAAAGGAGCAGUGCCUUUCCUGUGGCAGACACGAAGGUCACAAGCGGAAGCAGAGCGAAGGCUUGCAGGCUCGAAGGAGCUGAGCUAUCCAGCCACAUGUAACUAAUUAGGAAGCUGAUUUGCUUUGGGAAGGAAAACAGGAAGCCUUCCCAAAGCUGCUUUAAGUUAGCCCACCACUAUUUCUGCUACGUUAGGCAUUCCUGUGAGCUGUCUGGUCCCAGGAAGGAUUGGUGAAGAAUCACUUCGGGGACGAAAUCAAUGCUCAGCAGUAAAGCAUGCGUUGCAGACCGCCGUGCCCCUGUAGAAGCAGGACCCAGAAGAGUCAAGGCAGGCCACCAACCGCAGGUCUGUAGGACAGCAUUCUUAAUGCUUCCAACAGACCCGAGCCUCCACAGCUGGAGCCACUGUCACUGGAAGAGGCUGCUUCUCCUUAGCACCUCCCUUACCCUGUUUGUGCCAACGAUGCCCAAGAAAGCAGAUAGUCUGGUCACAACACCCUGCCCGGCCCAAAUGAGCAGGGCCACUUAAGUCUCUGCUUCCAGCGAGCAGCUGUUGCUAAGUAAAUAUUUAAUGGCAACAGUUCUAUAGGUCUCACAAACUAAUAUUAACAUUCUAACUCGGGACUGAGAAUCAAAAUUCUAUUCGGCAGACUUCUUUUAGGAUGGCACUGUUGUUCGUGUAGGACAUGGACAGAGGAGACUGGCCACAGUGUAAUGUUGGGGAAUAAUCUUUCUGUACACUGUGAAGACGUGUCACUCUGACUGGUUUAAUAAAAAGCUGAACGGCCAAUAGCUAGGCAGGAUUUUCAGGGCCGAGAGAAUGCUGGGAAGAAGGGGGGGAGUCAGCAGCCAAAUGGACAGGAACCAGGAUGCGGAGCACAGAGUAAAGGUAACCUAGCCACAGAAAAGAAUGUAGAUUAGAAGAGAGGGGUUAAUUUAAGUUAUAAGAACUAGU